UUAGCAGGUUGGCCAGUCUAACGUCACAGAUACGGAUCAGUCAGUGCAAAUAUGUCUUUUUCCAGAAGCAGCCAAAUAAAACACCUCAGGUCGCUGAUACCAUUAUGGCAGAAGAAAAUCCCACGUUAUCCUUUAUAUCAGAAAGGAAACCCACAAUUGAGAAUCUUUCUCCCACAGUUCUGGAUGAAGAUGGUGAAACCAGAGAAAGACUUUCCUCCUGAUCGUCUCAGCUUCAUUGUUCAUCCACAGAUGACAAAACUAGAUAUUAAGAACUAUUUGGAGAAGAUUUAUCAUGUUCCGGUCAUCUAUGUCAAAACAGAGCUGCGCCCAGGAGAAGACAUCAAACACCCAGGAAGAGGUCACGUCAUGGCCCGAGAAGAUGAUUAUAAGAUGGCCUAUGUUUUCUUGGCACCAGGGGUUGAGUUUACAUUUCCGGACAUAUUUGGUGGGGCAAAUACAAAAAGUGAAAAAGAAAGUGAUGAUUUGAAGAAAGAAAGGGAAAAGGAAAAAGCGAUACAGGCUAAGCAAUGGGACAAACUCAGCAUACCACCUUGGUUUCGGUAGCAUUAGUUCUGUAUAAGUGUAAAAGACUUGUUUAUAGGGAGUGCUGUAUGUAUCUACAGUGUAUCUUGUCUUCUGGGGGAAUGUUUAUAGGGAUAUGCGCCGGGACUAUGUGAUAUCGGACAUCCACUGCAAUAAUGAAAGGACUAUCAGCCUGGAUUUGAAUUCUUGCCAGAGAACAAUUUGAAAGUGGAAAUUGUCCAUGUGAUGCCAGAUUUACAUCCAAUGUAGUUCCAAGGGAGACAAUUUCCACAUGAUACAGUGUUUUUAGUAUUGACAGAACAGAAUGAUGUCAGUAAUAACUCUUUUUGUUAGUACAAUCAAACCUUGCUAUAACGCCCCCCCCCCCCCCCUCCCUUUAUAACGCCACUCUCACUUAUCGCCAGCAUAAGGGCCUGGUACAAAAAUCCCUAAUGUUUUUUUUCCAUAAACUAUCGCCACCCUCACUUGAUGCCAUCCGCCAUGCUUUUUUCUGGAGAAAAUGUAUUAAAACAAUCAGUUUUGUCCUCGCUCUUCCUCCAACGAUGUGCCACCAGUGUCACAAAUCAUGGCACUUGAUUUAUACAGAACUUGUUAACUUCUGUUAUCGAUCUGUUUUAUUUAUUUAUUUUUUCUCUCAUGCAGCAUUUGGUUUUUAAACUGAUUGAACAGAUGUGCACUUUGUAACAAAGUUUUCCAACCCGUAAUGAAAGCACUCUUUAAAUUUAGAGAUAAUAAAAGCUUCUCACUGCUAGUCAGAUGACUGUUGCAAUGGAAUGAUCGAUUCAAUUGAUUAAAGUGACUUUAUUUCCAAGCUGAAAAAAUGUAUAUUCAGCUAUAACUGUAGUUCCCUCUGGCAUCUGAUUUUCACCAGCUUUACAGUUUGAGAUUCUGAAUUUGUAGAUAGUCUCCAAACACCUCGUUCAAGGCUGUGCUCUCUGUCCCAAUGGUCAUAUCUGAUAUCUCUUUUGUCAUGAAAAAGCAUGAGGAGAUGUUAUAAAAUAAUUAAGGAAUCAGAUGUGCAUGUAUUAGUGAGUGAUUGUGUAUAACUUGCAGAUCCUCAUUGUACCGCCAAACUCACCCUACUGCCAACAUGGCGUCGGUACCAAACCCGGCGUUAUAGCAGGUUACCAGUGUAAUACAUGUAAAUCUGAACUAUGGAACAGGUGUUGGUAUAUUUGGAAUCUGACACAAGUAUGAACCUGUUUUUUAGUCAAAACUCUGAACUACAUAUUAUAUGAAACUGUUAUUACUAAUAAACUAUACAGUAGUGUUAAUCACAACUCUGAACUACGUAUACUACAGUACAUGUAUGAACCUGUUGUUAGUGAUAACUGGUGUUAAAAGAGUAUAAUAACUGAACUAUGCACCUGGUGUUAAUCACAACUCUGAACUACAUGUACUACAGUACAUGUAUGAACCUGUUGUUAGUGAUAACUGGUGUUAAAAGAGUAUAAUACUGAACUAUGCACCUGCUGUUAAUCACAACUCUGAACUACAUGUACUACAGUACAUGUAUGAACCUGUUGUUAGUGAUAACUGGUGUUAAAAGAGUAUAAUAACUGAACUAUGCACCUGCUGUUAAUCACAACUCUGAACUACAUGUACUACAGUACAUGUAUGAACCUGUUUGUUAGUGAUAACUGGUGUUAAAAGAGUAUAAUAACUGAACUAUGCACCUGCUGUUAAUCACAACUCUGAACUACAUGUACUACAGUACAUGUAUGAACCUGUUGUUAGUGAUAACUGGUGUUAAAAGAGUAUAAUAACUGAACUAUGAACCUGGUGUUAAUCACAACUCUGAACUACAUGUACUACAGUAUAUGUAUGAACCUGUUGUUAGAGAUAACUGGUGUUAAAAGAGUAUAAUAACUGAACUAUGCACCUGGUGUUAAUCACAACUCAGGGGUCAGUUCUAUGCAGCUAUCCCAGUGCUGUGUUAAGCGCAUUUACCAUGGUGACAUAUCUCUUCACUGUAUCUUUUCACAGAAAUUGCACCAGGUGCAGUUUACAACUGCUUCGAACUACAUAUACUACGGUAAAUGCAUGAACCUGGUGUUAGUUAGUUCUGAAUUCCUAUAAUAUACACCUGGUAUCAGUGGGGCAGCUCAAAGCUCUGUACCUGCAGGGCUGCAUGCUUGUUUCAAAGUUCAUGGUCAUUACCUUAAUAUCACAUGAAGUUGUACCAAAUCUGAAUUCUUUAUUUGGUUUAUAAUAUAUCUAGGAUGUCAUUGUUCCAUGUAAUACAGAUGAUAGGGAUAUUCAGAUGAUUUUGUGGAGGGCAGUUAAGUUGUGGUUUGUUGUUUACCUGGUGAAAAGAUGAGUUGAUAACUCUUAGUGAUACAGUAUUAUUUCAGUUAGUAGAGUGGCAUUUAAUGACUUCACCUGCAACCGUAACAAGGUGUCAACUUGCCAGGGGCAAUCAAACCCUUUAGUGCUAUACUACACAAUGUAUGACAUUGUUGACAUUUCCAGUACAUGCGUACAAUAUGUGUGAAGAUUUGAAUGGCAUGUAAUAAAAUACACAUAUUUUACAUGUGAAGUAUAAUUUUCGUUUUCAUUUUAUGGGAUGUCGGUUUCAAAUAGGUUUAUUGUUAGUGCAUUGCUGGCAAAACUUUAAAGAUGAUGGAAGGAUGUUAUCUAUUUCCUAGGCGUUCUGGAUUCCAUUAAUAGUAAACUUUGACCCCUGUUACGCAAGUAAAAAAUUCUUGAGCAAUUCGAUAAAUCCAAAAAUGUCCACCCUAAAAUAAUGUCUCUUAGAGUUAGGCCUCCAAAGACCAUUUACAGGGCUAAAACCACCACCUUAACUGCAAAGAACUGGGAAAGAUAUAGAUAUUUCCCAAUGAAGGUUGCAUUGCAAAAAUAUUUUCAGAGUGCAAUGUGAAAAUGAUAACCCA